ACCUCUGCAGCCACCCAACUGAGAUGAUUUCCAUGGCUUCAGGUGGUCCUACUCAUCUGGAAGCUGCUAAGAAGAAAUAUUCAAGGGCUUCGUGGGAAAUUAAGGGGGAGCCCACUCAGGGGAGUCCUGAGUCACUAUGGAAAAGGGCUGAGACCCCCACCAACCAGGAGAACCCCGGGGAGGAGGAGCCAUCGUCCAGGAGUUUCACAGGAAUCCAGAGACACUCCGUCUUCAAUCGCGCUGUGAGAUACAAGAGCAAAGUCAAAGCCAAAGACACCCCUGAGAAGAAUGUGAGCCAAACGGCAGUUUCACCAGCAGACAAAAAAUCUGUAAAUGACCCCUUGACUUCAACAGUCCCCCAGAGCAGAAGGUCUCUCUGGAAAAUACCAACUCGGAUGGAGGCUGGAGCUCCCAAAACAAGCGAGUCGUCGUCCACCCCGGGAAAUGGGACCACGCCCGAGGAGUGCCCGGCGCUGGCCGACAGCCCCACCACGCUCACCGAGGCCCUACAAAUGAUCCACCCCAUCCCCGCCGACUCUUGGAGAAUCCUCAUCGAACAAAUAGGGCUCCUGUACCAGGAAUACCGCGACAAGUCAACGCUCCAAGAGAUCGAGACAAGGAGGAAGCAGGAUGCUGAGAUCCAAGCAGGAGACGACGGGUCCCCCGCCAGCGAGGAGGCCCCUGAGGAGGAAGAAGCCGAGGAGGAGGAGCUUGCCAGCCCCCCAGAGAAGAAGGCUUUGCCCCAGAUCUGCCUCCUCAGUAACCCGCACUCCAGGUUUAAUCUCUGGCAAGAUCUCCCCGAGAUUCGAAGCAGCGGGGUCCUAGACAUCCUCCAGCCCGAAGAGAUCAGACUGCAGGAGGCCAUGUUCGAGCUGGUCACCUCAGAGGCUUCCUACUAUAAGAGCCUGAAUCUGCUAGUGUCACACUUUGUGGAAAACGAGCGGCUGAAAAAGCUCCUGCACCCAUCCGAGGCACACAUUCUGUUCUCCAACGUGCUAGAUGUCAUGGCCGUCAGUGAGCGGUUUCUGCUGGAACUGGAGCGGCGCAUGGAGGAGAGCAUCGUCAUCUCAGACGUGUGCGACAUCGUGUACCGGUAUGCAGCUGACCACUUUUCCGUGUACAUCACCUACGUCAGUAAUCAGACCUACCAGGAGAGGACAUACAAGCAGCUGCUUCAGGAGAAGGCCGCCUUCCGGGAGCUCAUCACACAGCUGGAACUGGACCCCAAGUGCAAGGGGUUGCCUCUCUCCUCCUUCCUCAUCUUGCCUUUCCAGAGGAUCACACGCCUCAAGCUGCUGGUUCAGAACAUCCUGAAGAGAGUGGAGGAGCGCUCUGAGCGGGAAUGCACUGCCCUGGAGGCUCACAAGGAGCUGGAGAUGGUGGUGAAAGCCUGCAAUGAGGGUGUCCGGAAAAUGAGCCGCACAGAGCAGAUGAUCAGUAUCCAGAAGAAGAUGGAGUUCAAGAUCAAGUCUGUCCCCAUCAUUUCGCACUCGCGCUGGCUGCUGAAGCAGGGGGAGCUGCAGCAGAUGUCGGGCCCCAAGACGUCGCGGACGCUGCGCACCAAGAAACUCUUCCAGGAGAUUUACCUUUUCCUCUUCAACGACCUGCUGGUCAUCUGCCGUCAGAUCCCGGGGGACAAGUUCCAGGUGUUCGACUCGGCACCCCGGGGCCUGCUGCGGGUGGAGGAGCUGGAGGACCAGGGCCAGACGCUUGCCAACGUCUUCAUCCUGCGGCUGCUGGAGAACGCAGACGACCGAGAGGCCACAUACAUGCUGAAGGCCACCUCACAGAGUGAAAUGAAGCGGUGGAUGACCUCACUCGCCCCUAACCGGAGAACCAAGUUUGUCUCCUUCACAUCCAGGCUCCUGGACUGUCCACAGGUACAAUGUGUGCACCCCUACGUGGCCCAGCAGCCCGACGAGCUGACUCUGGAGCUGGCUGAUAUCCUCAACAUCCUGGAAAAGACAGAGGACGGGUGGAUCUUCGGUGAGCGACUGCAUGACCAAGAGCGAGGCUGGUUUCCCAGUUCCAUGACUGAAGAGAUCUUGAACCCCAAGAUCCGCUCCCAGAACCUCAAGGAGUGUUUCCGUGUCCAUAAGAUGGAUGAGCCUCAGCGCAGCCAGAAUAAGGACCGCAGGAAGCUGGGCAGCCGCAACCGGCAGUGAUCCCCGCCACAGAGGCGUGGGCAGGCAGGUCCCCAUGGACAUGGGGGGUUCUGGGACACAAGUGCUCAUUGUACCCCACCCACCGCCACUCCCAUCCCUGCCUCAUGCUGAGUGUCAUGCGUCUCAGCCGCGGCUCUGCUUUUGGUCCAUGAGGACCCCUAACCAGCAGCGCCCCUCCUUGUCUCUCCUCGAGGGAUGGUGGCAUUGGUAUGCUCCAGGGUGAGCAGUGGUAAGGUGCAAAGGUGACUGUCGGACCCUCUGCACAUGUCCCUCUGUGCCCUGAAGUCUCUGGAUCCUGCUGGGCACACACACAGGCCGCCCUUGCCUGACAAACCCCCAGGCCAGGCCCUGGGUCCCUACAGCCAUGCAACCCUCCCCUCGCUGCCUCUGGUUCCAUGAAGGGUCGGAUAUCAUUCAUGUGUCUUCUGACCCCACAGAAGCCCAGGUGUCAUGAGGAAUGUAUGGGUCACUGCAUCUUGUUUGGGUUAUGGUCCCAAGAAAAGCAAAUCUCAUUUUUUUUUGGCUGCAUUAAAGAAACAUCAUGUAUUAAA